UCUCCGGUCUCCCGCCCCCGCCCUCCGCUUCACCGACAGUUCAACGAGAAUGGCAUUUGUGCGUGAAAUUGUCUCAUUUUUUGUGAGAACAAGUGUAUAAAUUCUAUUAAAAAAAACUGUACCGGUUACUUUUAUCUAUAUUUGUGUGUAGUACAAAAUAGUGAUUUGAAUUAUGUGUUAUUUGGAAGUUUUAGUGUUUCGAAAAAUUUGGAAGUGACCCAACGGGGUGGUAUGGUAUCCAGAGGAGAGGAUAUUGUUUCGUUGUAUCGUGCAAUAAUGGACAGGCUUCCCGCUAACAUCGUUUGAAUUUAAAACAUUGGGUGCCAAGCGGUAUGGAUGAGGGGUUACUCAACGAUCUACUAGAGUGCUCCGUGUGUCUGGAGCGGUUGGACACCUCCUCCAGGGUCCUGCCGUGCCAGCACACAUUCUGUCUAAAGUGUCUCAAGGUCAUAGUAGAGUCACACAAAGAGCUAAGAUGUCCGGAAUGCAGAAUUCUGGUCGAGGUGAAGGUGGAGGAGCUGCCGCCGAACGUGCUCCUCAUGAGAAUACUCGAGGGCAUGAAGAACGCACCGAGGAAGGCCAGCGUCCCCAGCCAGAGAACGCAAAGAGCUGGACAUUUGCAGGCUCAAAUGCACCAAAGUGGUCAGAUCAGUCGCGCUGACGGCAAGCAGCUCCCCCCACACGGCCGUGCCAUGUACGAUUUUAUAUCCAAGGAACCAGGUGACCUUUCCUUCAAGAAGGGGGAGACAAUACUACUACAGAAGAAAUUAGACGCCUUCUGGUACCAGGGCGAAACGUCCGGCAGGACUGGCAUGUUCCCCAUAACUUAUGUGCAGGUCGUAAUACCACUGCCCGUUCCAACAGCGUUAUGCAAAGCGCUAUACGACUUUCGCAUGUCCGCUCCUGAUGAGGAAGGCUGUUUGGCCUUCGAUAAAGGUGCAAUAAUAACGGUGCAUCGUCGCGUAGACGAGAACUGGGCUGAGGGCAAGUUGGAUCAACGAGUCGGCAUAUUCCCUAUAGCAUUCGUAGAACUGAAUCAAGCUGCUAGACAGUUGAUGAACAGCACACCAUUAAACCGUCCCGUACCACCGCUGCCAGAACACGCGAGAGCUGGUCACUCGGACCAUCGGCAUCACGCGCAGCACUCUCAUCGCUAUCAACAAAUGUCAAUGUCUACCCCGUUAACUGGACAGGGAAAUUAUCAGAAUAUGGCGACCAUGAGUCAGUCCCACCCUAACUUUGGUCAGCCCAUACCACAAUCACAAAUCCUGAUCCCUCAGCCUAUGAACCAACACGUUACUGUCUCGCAUGGUGGCCUGGUCACGACUACUGCGGUACCAAGGAAUAUAGUGGAGCCCACCCAAACCAAGCACUCACUGGACUUAAUCCACUUUAACAAUAUGCAUAUAAAAAAUCAAGGCACGAUGGGCUUACAAAGCGUGUCGCGGAUACCAGAGAAUUACGACAGGUUAAGAGUCAAAUACGACAGUUAUAACUCCACCCCCGUGCAUAAAAUGGAGACGACAUACCAAAAUGUCCGGACCCACGAACACUUUCCGGUGUCAGUGGCUAACUUCAAUGCGAACAACCUCAGUUCGGACUCGAGUUCUAGUAUGAACACGCCGUCCGUCGGGGUCAGUUCCACCACAACACCCAACACUAGUUCGUGCGAGAGCGCCGAACCAAGCCUGCCUAGUUCACCCGACAACACCGAGAGGAACCCCACUGUAGUUGCUUCCAGUCAAGAGGAAACCAACGAGCAGGAAUCUUUAAACACUUCCAUGGGAGUGCUCAGCUUGAACGAGAGCUCCACAGCUACUAACACAUCACUAAACGUUACCCUACCGUCAGAGAGUCCGAAAUUGAAUGUGUCUGUCGCGAGUGGCUCCUCCCAAAACCAAAGCGACAGCCAGGAGACUGCGGUCAAUAAUGAACCUACGAGACUUGAGACCCCGUCGUCCUCUAAAAACGUCUUGCGAUCGAGCGGUCCGGAUUCGUUGUUGACUUUUGGGUUGGGUCUCCAGGCGGCGUUAUCACCCUCACACGGAAAGGACGGGAGUUACAUGGUGUCUAGAAGUCACAGGGAUCAUCAUCACAAUAGAGAUAAGAGACACAGUCUGACACCGUCCUCACAUUUACAGGGAAAUCACACGCAAAACCGACACUCAGCUGAAAUCCUAGCUACUAGUUUAUUGGACCACGCACCGGAGAGAGAACGAGCCAGGCCAGAGCGAGAGCGUGAUAGAACCGACAGAGAGCGAGAUAGGUCCGAGAGAGAGCGAGACAGAUCCGAGAGAGAGCGGGACAGGCCCGAGAGAGAGCGAGAGCGACGUCGGCGCCGCUCGCGUAGUGACGAGCGACCGCUGCCAUCUCCAUACAUCGCUCUAUACCCUUACAAGCCACAAAAGCCGGACGAACUCGAGUUGAAGAAAGGAGCGGUGUACAUGGUGACGGAGCGGUGCCGCGACGGCUGGUACAAGGGCAUGUCGGAGAGGUCGCAGCGCGCCGGCGUCUUCCCCGGCAACUACGUGGCGCCCGCGCCGCCGCCCGCGCCCGCCGCCGCGCCCGCGCCCGCGCCCGCUGUCGCGACCACGCCCGCGCCCGCGCCCGCUGUCGCUCCCGCUUCCGCCGCUGCCUCGAACCCCGCCCGCUCCAAGCACGAUAAGAGCGGAGUAGGCCCCGCGGGAAGCAAGCAGUCGCCGGGCGGCCCCCCGCCUGCCGCGCCGCCCCGCGCCGCCAGCCCGCUAGCGCUCGGGCAAUCGUUAACGUAUCAAUGGAGUCCGCAGUCACAGCAACAACAAAGCACACCCAGAUCUGAAAAGUCAAAAGAGAAAUCAAAAGCUGAAAAAUCAUCUAUAUCAACCGGUGUUAGUCUGAUGAAGCGGUUGGCAGCCAUGAAAAAGUGUAAAUCUCCGCCGCCAGUUGGCUACAGCAUGGACAAUCCUGUCUUCGAGGACGGGCCGGGCACAUCGCUCAUGCUGAACCUAGCUGCCCAGCAUCAUCCUGUACAUGUCAGGUCGGGCUCGUGCCCGUCUCAGCUGCUGCGGGCACUACCGGCCAGCGAGCGCAUACGGCACAAGGAGCGGCCCGCGAUACCCGCCGCCCUGCACGACCACCACCACCACCUGCGCGGAAGCGAGGGCCCGUGGCAGUCGCAGCAUCGCAAAUCGCAAUCUCUCGACGUGACGGCCGCGCGGCGGGAUCGCGAACGUGACCGCGAUCGUCACCACUCCCAGCUGGUGAAAGAGAGAUUUCGCUGUAUCGUCCCCUACCCACCGAACUCGGAGUACGAACUCGAAUUGAAAGUGGACGAUAUCGUGAUAGUGUCGAAGAAGCGAGGCGACGGUUGGUACAAGGGCACGUUGCAGAGGACGGGCCGGACUGGCCUAUUCCCGGCCUCUUUCGUUCAGAGUUGCCCGCAGGAAUGACAACGGCCCACCCCAUCCAGGUUUGGGACUUUGUUCUAGCGUCGGUCAGUGAUUCUAAAUAUACAGGUGAUGAUCAAGCGAUAGUUAUACGCUCAAUUUUUCUUACACCAAUUACGUUACUUAGAUGACCUUUGCGACACUUAGAUGACCUUUAGACCAUUAGAUGACCUUUGUGCCAUUUAUGUCAUUUAGAUGACCUUUGAGUAAGUUAGAUGGUCUUCAGAUCAUUUCCUCGUGAUUUGUUUAAUGGCACAGUGUAUUCAUACGCCCGGGAUGUAUUUCUCUGUCUUGUUGUGUUCAUCAGUGGUCCAACGCUUUUGGCAUGUUCUGAAUGAUUAUAUGACCUUCCGGGACGCAUUACUAGACAUGUUCAUUGGAUUUCUAUUUAGAAGAUCGCGUACAUUAAUUAUUCCUGCUAAUAUUUUAAAUGAAAAAGUUUAUGAAGACAUUUGGAUGUGUGUUUCUCGAUUAAGCUUAAACGCUUGAAUGGAUUUGAAUGAAAUGAUCACAGAUGGACAACGUCCCAGAUUAGUACUCGAAAAUAUAUUUUUUUAAUUCACGUGGGCAAAGCCGCAGAAUGCAGUUAGUAAUUUAUAUAUUUUGAUAAUAAAUGUAAGAAUAUCAAAUUUCAAAAUAUAGUUUUGCGUUAAAAAAUUACAUUAUUAACAUUGUAGAUAUAACAUAUACAAAAAAUCGGGCGUGGUACAAAUACUGCUAUAAAUUUUGAGCGUGUAACCUUUGCUUUUGUCAUUAAACAGGUGUUUGUGACUUGCGAAGUUGAUUCCAAGUUGACAUGGAAAAAAAAACUUUUAAAAAUGAACUAUUCGUCGUUUUAUCACAAUUUUGUAAUAUAGAUGUGAGCGCGCGAGAUAAAUAAUAGUGAUUCAUGUGCCGCCAUUGAAUUUAUUUUAGUUUUAAAUGUUUAAACCGUUUUACGUUUAGACAUGGCAUAUAGUAUAAAGUAUAGCAUGCAGCGUUGUUUGUUGAUCUUAGUUUGUUUAUUUACUAUGCAUAUUUGUUAAGAAUACUAUCACUGCAUGCUGGCAAUGUAGGGAAUAUUUCUCAAAUUUCAUAAUUAACUGAAACUAUUUUAAAUAUAAAAUGUAAUUUAAAAGGUUAAUCCAUAGCACGUUUUGUAAUUGUAACGGAAACAGGAUUUAAAGCAAUGUAAACCGCAACGAAAGUUAUAAAAAAUAUUCGAGUUAUCUAAUAAUUGUAGCGUUUCUUUUUUAGUAAUGUAAUGACUAUUAUAACAAACCAUGUUUUAUUUAAAACGAAUUUAGUAAGUUGAUCCCAUUUGUCAAAUGUGAACACUUGAUAAUUUUAACGAUAACAGAAUUUAAAGUUAUGUAAACCGUAACGGAAAUUAGAAAAUUAUCCCAGAUAACUAGUUACUGUAGCAUUUUGUGUAGAAAUGAAAUGAGCAUAGUGUCUGUAUAGCACACUCGACUUUUAAAAGAAACAUUUGCGAGUAGAUGUAUUGCAUUAUUUUAUCUGUGAAUCUCUCUAUGAAUUUUAUUAAACUUUGAUCAGCAUAAUAAAAUUCAGAUCAGUGAUUCAAGUUAGAUCAAAGUGAAUAUGUAGUUUUCUAUUUUUAACACACAAAAAUGAAAUAUGCUAAUUUUCAAUUACACAAACGGUUUAGAACAAAUAUUUUGCUAGGGUUACUGACAAUUUUUGUUGUAAAAUAAAAAAAAAAAACAAUUGUAAUGAAAUACAUGAGAAUUUCAAUGGUGGAGUCAUUUAAUGUUUAUAAUUAAAAAUUUUAAUAAAAAACUCACAAUUUAGAUACAAUUGAAAAACAAGUGUGAUGUGUUUAUAUAAUUUAGGUGAUAUUCUAAUCAAAAUAAUCGUAUAAAAUAUCUUAACUACGACUGAACUGCCACCGUUAUUAAAUACUUAGAGAGGAAAGUUCGUAAUGUUAUUUUAAAGUACACAAAGUGAGGGCCAAUCAUGGGGACAGAAUUAUAGGUAUUUUUAUAGUAUUAACAAAAUAAUGCUCAUUGACGAAACGGUGUCUAACGUCUAUAUUGUAUCUCCUAAUAUUUAUUAAAUACUAAACGUUACAUUAGUCUGUAUUUGUAAUGUAUUUUUAACUUAAACAAAGCUUUAUUAUUGUCUCAAAAUUAAACUAAUACAAUGUUUUACUUUAGUUAGAUAAUAUUCUACAGGUCUACAGGCCCUAAAAACAUGACGCGUGUAUGAUUUUUAUGUGAAACCAUAAUAGUAUGGCAUUAAAGUUGAAAUUUUAUUGAUAUUGGUUGUUACUAAAAAAAACUAUUUUCCAACUACUGUCAUUUUGUUCUUUGUAUUUUUACAUAAAAAUCAUAUACAGUGACGUCGGAAAGUGUCGGCCCUAAAUGAAAUUAUAUGAAACAAACUGCCAAAUGUGUUGACUAUAUUAUUCACUGGAUUUUUAUUAAUAUAGUAACUAUAAGAAAUUUGGGGUUCUUGUUUUGUGUUUUGUAUGCUUCUUUAACGGCUGUAGAUUUAAUAUAUAACAAUGCAAACCUCCCACUAUUAGAAAAUUAUUUAGGAAUAAUAUAACAGAAACUAUAUUUUCUAAACAAGUUAGCGGAUUUUUAUUGUAAUGACUAGUUCGGUAGGUUCGUCUCGUACACAUUGACUAGCAGUAUUUGUCGUCAUUUAUUCAUAUUUCCACCUCUAUUCUAAAAAUACGACAUUUACUAAUGUCACGUGAUCUACGUGUAUAUAAAUUAGGAGUCAAUACUGAUGGGGGGAGGCUUGCAAUAUCUAUUUUUACUUUGAUCACAAUGUCUUAAAUAAUAAUAUUAAAUUAUUCGGUUGUUCAUUCUCAUUGUGAUGAGACAAAUACGCUUAUUAUGUUUAAUUGUGUUUAAUUUUUAAGCCACUGCCAUAUAUAAUUAUUAUUUUGUUAAAUAUACUUACAUACAUACAUUUGAUUUAGUUUCGUUAACGUAACUACCAUACACACAAUGAUAUACAUUAAUACAAUCAAUUCAAUAAUCAAAUGGAUUUAGGUUAGAGAAAUAUUUAGAUAUUCAAGUAAAUUAGUUAAGUUCAUAUUUAUAAACUAUUCUAUUUAUGUAUGUAUAAUGAUAAUAAAUUAUAUAAACUGAAAUUUUAACUUUUUAAAUAAAAUUUUUGGAAUUCAAUAGCAAAAAAAUUUAAUAUCUAAUGGAAAUUAAGACUGUAUUAUAAAUAAUUUCGUUUUAUACACAAUAAGAUUUAUUUAAUUAUAUAUUGGGGGUUUAAUGUUAGCAGUAAUAUGAUAUAGUUAUUUUAGCUAAAUAUGUAAUCGUUGUUAGGUAGUUUUCUAACGUAAGAUAUAAUAAGUUUGAUAUAAAUAGAAUGUUCAGUUCAUAUUAGUCUUGCGUAUAUCUGAUGCACUAUUAAACUGAACCAUUUCUUAUAUUGUAUAAUAGUAAAUUUUUAUGUAUAAAUGUUUGAAUACACGUUUUUAUAGAUAUUAACUUUGUUAAUGGUCAAUAUGAUCAGGUCAAUAGAUACAUUUUACACAUUUAGUAAAAUAAUGAACUUAUUCAAAAUUGCCAAUAAGAGUUUUUUUUUUUGUUUAAUUCCCAAGUAAAAAAAUCAAUUGUCUCAGCCUAGUUUAGAAAAACAAAAAUACCAUUUUUUAGGACAUUGCAUUGUUUAUGUAAAACUUAAUAUUUUACUAAAGGUGCUAUUUUUUGUACACAUCUUUAAAUACGCAAUCGGUUUUUGCGUUCUCUUACAUGAAUAUGUAAGACUGCAAGCAUUAUAUUUUAAUAUAUAAAUAGAAAAUGAUAAUUCUUAUUAAGUUUGCAUCAAAUGUACGCAAUAACGAUUCUACAAAAGUCCUUUGUACAUUGUAACGAUAAUUUUUAAGUCCUUUUUUUUUGUUUAUACGAAAUAUACAUAUAUCUAAUGUACUCUCUAACAUUUGUAUUACAAUAAUAAUUUAUAACCAACAAAAUUCAAUUCAAAAUUGUAUCGACUGAUUUGUUUAGCUUAUUUAUUUCUUACUUAUUUUUUUAGUGUAACAAACAACGAAAUGUUUCGUUUAACGAAAAAUCGAGUCUUUGUCUUGACCGUUUUCCAACGUAUAAAAUAUUAAAGAGUUGUUGAUUGGUCAUUAAUUGUAAUUUCUAGAAGCUUCUGUGUUAACCCUUAAAUACCUGAAGUUUCAAAAUUGAUACCGGUGUUUGCAUUGUUUCAUUGUUAAAUAAAUUUAAAUAUUUUGAUUACCGCAAUGCCUAAAGUAUCAAAUAUGAUACCAAAUGUUUUUUUUUAAUAAAUAUAUAAAAAUAUCGUUAUGAUUUUUUUACUAUUUUUCCUCAUUAGUAAAUACAGUAAAGGGUACACUUAUAUAUUUUUUUAUUUGAUUAAAAAAAUCAGGCUUUUAAGGGUUAAGUCAAUUGAGAUAUUUACAUCAACAUCUGCUACUGUAUUGGAUUCUAAAGAAAAAUUCUUCUGUCAACGCUUGACCACAUUAGUGGACCAGAGAGUCCCUGUUAUUUAAAAAAAAAUGUGUAAAUAGAAAUUUUGUUAGAAAAAUUGGUCACACAAAAGCAUCGCAAAUAUUUUAUUACAAAUUGUGAAUAGUGGUUGGAAAACGGAGCAUUUAUUUUGUGUAACAAUGUUGUAUGUACUUCAUGGGAAUCAUAUCGACCAUUGAAUUAGGUAAUUUCGAAGAAAAAUAAAAAAGUCUUUGAAAUACAA